AUAAAAAAAGGGUCAAUUGCUGCUAAGCGAGAAAGAGGGUUUUGAGUAUUUUGUAUCGUUUCUGCUGUGAGAAGAGAAAAGGAGGAGAAGGAAGGAAGAUGAUGUCCGGUGGGAGCUACACGAACAUCGAUCACCAUAAAGUUUCUGGAUCUGUUCCCGCCGUUCUAGAUCCUGGCCAUGUCACCGUCAAAUUCGCAGACUCAAAUCUACAAACGUUUCCUCCAUCUGCUACUCUGGGAAAGAUCUCUGGUGGUACUAAUCCUCCUCGAGAUGCUGACGAUACAUUUUCUAGGCCUGUGAAUGGUACAGAUGAACCUCAGUCUGGUGGUUGGCUCCAUAGAUUCACUGUUGGUGCUUACAAGCCUUACUUUGAUGUGGACACCUCAGAUGUCGUUGAGAGACUCAAAGAAUCUCUCUUUCCUUUCAGAGGAACAUUUACAGAAAAGACUGCCAACAACCCUGAUCUGUACAGGCCAUUCUGGAUAUGCACAACGUUGAUCUUUGUUGCAGCAUCCAUAGGAACAUUUGUUACAUACAUAGCACACAAAUUAAAGAAACAGGAAUGGAACUACGAUAUUAAUCUGGUGACUUGGUCUGCCGGAGUGUUCUACGGUUAUGUAACCAUUGUCCCUCUCGCAUUAUAUGUUGUUCUCAAGUACUUCUCUGCUCCAUCAGGCUUAGUCCAACUUUUCUGUCUCUACGGAUAUUCCCUGUUCGUCUUUAUCCCUGCAUUGUGUCUCUCUGUUGUGCCACUAGAGAUAUUCAGAUGGGUGAUUGCGGGUUUAGCUGGAUUCAUGUCUGCAACAUUUGUGGCAUUGAACCUCAAAGCACAUAUUAACUCUGCAGGAGAGAGAUGGUUCUUGAUUGUGGUCAGCAUUUUUCUUUUACAGCUGGCGCUUUCAGUCGUGCUGAAGCUAUAUCUGUUCACUGUCACCGUAGAAAGAACUGACCCCUGGAUACCAAAGGCGUCCUUGGGGUGAUCUCAUAGUUACUACGGGUUGGAGACAGAUUCAUGCCUUCAGAAGACAAAGCUGUGUGUUUUCAGGUGUUUUAACUACAGUGCGAUUUUUAUAUCUGAAUCCGUAGAUCAUGAAAGAGUCUUUUUUUACCUUGCAGAGUGACCAAUUUUUGUAAUACUAGUAGAGACUGAAUCCGUGUUGCAUGAUUCUUUCAUUUGUUGUCAUCAACAUGAAUAUUACGAGAAUACUUCAUAAGUAUAGAUAUCGUAUAGUAAAUUGGGAUUUUAAUCUCUCUCCCC